AUGUCAGGUGAAGGUCCCAGUGAGCUUCCUAUACACUACGGCGGUAAAACCAUGGACGGAGAACUCAUCAAAAGACCAAACUCACCGCCCAUGCCCUCCUCUCCAACACGCAUAUAUCAUCCAGAAUCUCGACGACCUAAUUUCUCACCAGAACCAAUUGAACCAAUCUUCACAGACGCAGAGAACGUCAGAGCAGGUCUGCGUCGUCGACCUAGUCACCAGAACCCAAUGCGUCGCCAUUCCGGAGGCGAAUAUGAUUCUCAACGUCCUUCAUUCUCAGAGCGAUCUUCUGCUGACAGAAGACCACUGAGAGCACGAGAUGAUGGAUACUUCCGUGAUGAUGAUCGUCCAAUGUCCCGUUCUCGUGCAGAUGAAUACCGUUCUCACCCAGAUUUGCGAGAGAAGUCUCGUCCUCCCCGCACUUACCGCAAUGUCGACGCAUGGGAUCGAGGGCCAGGCUCUGCUUCGAAGCCUUACUUCGAGGAGAGCAGAGAAUUCAGAGGUAGCAUGGAUCCAGAUCUCGAGAAAGGCGGUUACAGUCCGUACAAGAGACCCAGCGAAGAUCAGGAAAGCAUUGACGGUUACAACUACGAUCAACACAAGAAAGGAUACAAACCAUCCAACGCAGCCACAAUCGAUUUCAAGAACCUCUCUCCCGAGGAACGAAAAGAAGUCAUGAGACUUCCAUGGACGCAAUGGAUGCACUCCGAUUUCAAGAACCACUUCGUCGCAACAAUGGGCGAAUUCGUCGGCACAACCAUGUUCCUCUUUUUCGCCUUCGCUGGCACCCAAGUAGCCAACAUCCAAUCGACCGCCACCUCAACAACCACCUCGGGCGGCGCCACCGGCUUCAACAUCGCAGUCUACCUCUACAUCUCCGUCAUCUUCGGCUUCUCCCUCAUGGUCAACGUCUGGAUCUUCUUCCGCAUCUCCGGCGGGCUCUUCAACCCAGCCGUCACCUUCGGCAUGGUGCUCGUCGGCGCCGUCCCCGUCGUACGUGCCGUUUGCCUAUUCUUUGCGCAAAUCGUCGGCGCUAUUGCUGCCAGUGCUAUGGUUUUGGGAUUGUUCCCGACUCCGCUUAAUGUCAGGACGACGCUGGCGGGUGGUGCGAGUUUGGUGCAGGGUGUGUUUAUUGAGGCGAUUUUGACGGCUGAACUGGUGUUUACGAUUUUUAUGCUGGCGAAGGAGAAACAUAAGGCUACGUUCAUUGCGCCGGUGGGAAUUGGACUUGCGUUGUUCAUCGCGGAGAUGGUGGGCGUUUACUAUACCGGCGGAUCGCUCAAUCCUGCUCGUAGUAUCGGUCCUUGCAUCGUUACUGGCACGUUCGAUAGCGAGCAUUGGAUUUACUGGGUCGGACCUUUCCUCGGAACUCUCAUCGCAGUAUUCUUCUACAAGUUCAUCAAGAUGCUGGAAUACGAGAUGGCUAAUCCGGGACAAGACGGGGAUCCCGAGAAUGAUCCUACGCAGAAUGAGGAGAAACGACAGGAGUUGAUGAAGAGGAGACAGAUGCGUUCGGAGUCUAAGGUUAGAGCUGCGAGGGACUAA